GUAUUGUUUGAAUGUGUAGCGGCCUUCGGUUCAGCACGUUUUGACUUUGUGUACCUAUCAUGACUACGUUUGGUGCAAAACUGGAACAUCUUUUAUGUUCCAGGGCUGAGAUAAUCAGCCGGAUGCACAGACCCCCACCAGCUGAAGGGAAUGAUUUGGAACGCCUUCUGAACUUACCUCCGAACACAAACCCAUCAGUACAAGCGCCACCACCCAAUGUACCAGUUUGGCCGGAUGAACAGGCAGCAGCAUUUUGUGCCGUUGCUCCUCCUAUUGAAACAUUCAUGGAUGUUCCUGAUGAAAUUCGCCGGGACCAAUUUUAUGCUACAUGUCGACGUGAUGAUGUAUUAGUGGGUGUUAUCAGUGUUAUACAGGAUUCCGGUCUUGUAGUCUCUGUCCUGGCAUAUGAUCAAGGACCUCGGCGGGAUUUUGAAGGUCUAAAGAUCACGGGCUUUUGUCCGUUGAGACAACUUCCGCGAUAUAAUGCUCACGGAAACGCUUUGGAUGCUUUUCAAAUCGGUGACAAAGUUCGUGCAUUUAUUCUUGACAUUCAUGGAGGUGGACGUUUAAUAUUAAGCAUGAAUGCGAAGAUGCUUAAUCGUGAUACUUAUGGGGAUCUGAAACUUGGUAUCAUAACUGAUGAUGAUAUGCCUCUAUAUUACAAGAAACUUCAGAAUUUGGAUGGCAAAUCGUAUGAAGCCUACCUUGAAUCAACACCACAAUUUCGCAACCCAGAUGGCCUUCAAGUUCUGUGCGCACGCAUGGGAAUACCACGUUCGUCAGCAUGUAGUCUUCUCUUUUGUAUUAAUAAAAUCCGAUUACCAAAAUCAGAGAUGGCUUGUGAGCUUAGACGUACCCAAUUGCUGAAUUUUUCAAUGAAACAUGUCGCCCAAGGUGUAAAAUAUUUCAAGGAAAGCCGAAAUACUGAAGCUUUACAGUGUUACAAUUUUGCAAUUGAAGUUGAACCAACUAAUCCUGACGCCUAUGUUGCCCGUGGUGCUCUCUAUGCCUCAAUCGGUACGUACACAAAGGCAGUGGAGGAUUUGGAGAAAAGUCUUGAAAUCCAACCAAAUCAUGUUAAUGCUAAAAAUUAUCUGGUUCAGACGCUAGUUGCGUAUGCUGGCGAAAUUGGGCGUAAGGAAAUAAGCAAGGCAGAACAAUUAAUAAAUCGGGCACUUAAGUUGGAUCCUGACAAUAAUGAAGCUCGAGAUGCACUGAAAGAACUUCAAACUAACGGAUCUUUCUCUACUAACAAGGAUGCUGGUUUGCGAUCCUGGUCACGAACGCCUUCUCCACGCGGUUCAAGUCGAAAUGUGGGUAACAAACGUGACCACACUCCUCUUUCUCCAACUGCAGUUCGUCCAAGUGCGGGUUACGCCACUCAUAUGGAACGUAGUAGAGCUGCUCUAGAACAGCUUGUUGAAGAAGAUCGUAGUCGACGUGCUGCUAAAGAGGCUAAUCGUCAAAACCACGCACCUGACCAAAGCCCUCCAGGAUUUUUGUCUCCCAAUCCCUCUCACGAACGACGAAGAGGAGAUUACUAUCGCGAUGAUAUAAAAUCUGCUGGUGGUGGUGGUAAUGCUGCUAUGGACAAAACGAAUAUGGAUCGUGGUGACCUGUCUAAAAUUGUAAUUACUCGCAACCGAUCCGGACGUAUUAUACGCUGCAAAGAUGAUGACGAGAUGGGUGAUGAGUCAAACAGGUCAGAAGGCUUAUGGAAACGUUCCUAUGAUGAUAAUCGAAAUGGUCCGGAUAAUUCGAAAAGAAGUCGAGCAGAUGGGGAAUCAGAAUAUCGAAGCACAAGACGAGUAUUUACACCUCCACGAAAUGCACGUGAAGGAGAACAUGGUUCUCUUACUGUAUAUGAGAAUGAAAAUGAUCUUCCUAUGACUUCUAAAAGUCUUCAAGAGCGUGUUCAAGCUCGUUUACGUGCUAUAGAACGACGCCACCAACUGGAAGAAGGAAACAAUCCUGGAACUACUGAAGUUACUAACGGCGCACCUACUGGUCAGGAUAAAAAUCGUGAAGGUUCUCUUGCAGUCGGAGAUGAUGCCCCACCAUCUGAAUCUCCUAAAGGUGAUCGAGGACACUUUCGUGGGAAUGGUCCAUCAAGUGCUGAUCGUCGAUCAGGUGGCUCAUUUCAGCGUCCUGAAUAUCAUGGUAGCCGCGGCAGUGGAUACUAUGGAAGAAAUCGUCCUCGUGGAGGUCCCCGAUGGCGUAAUCAAUGGGAUGAUUAUCGUUUGCGCCGAAAUAACUGGCAUAAUCAUCGUUAUGAUGACCGUAGACGUGAUGGUCCGUCGGCUAGAUCGGGCAGUGCCAGUAACUUUGAACGUCGCAGAAAACGUUAUGGAACAUCUGGAUCUGCUGAGCGCUCACCUCGGUCUUCUCGCUCACGUUCGAGGUCACGAUCACACGUUUCUAAAAGUCGAUCACGUUCAUAUUCUCGGAGCCCUCGAUCAUCACCUCGAUCGCCAUCACAUUCACCAAUUCGACCUGGUGCUCGUGGAAGAGUAAUAUCUCGUGCUCGCAUAAAAACUCCCCCUCUUGCCCCACUAGUUACAAGUUUCAGGCGUAGUGAAUCAGAUGAAAACCUAGCUGAAUUAGACCAAUUUGUUGCACAGUUGAAAGCUAAAAGACAAUUACAACAGCAAUAUCAACAACAACAGUAUAUGGCUCAGUUCCAAGAGAUGCAAGGUCCAAUAGUCAACACUGCGGUUGUUUCUCAAACUCAGCAAGAUUAUCAGCAAAUGGAAUUAGAAUCUGGACAAAAUAGUCCAUCUAAAGGUGAUGGUGCUCCUGCAAAUAAUGAAUGCCUUUAUUCAGAUAAAGAUGAUACACAAAAUGAUUACAACUAUAGUCGUCAUCAACAAGAUUCCCCAGAACCUCCUCAAGCACAAUCUCCACCUCCACUUGAUGAUUCUAUGAGGAAGAUAAUGUUGUUGAGAACGCGGCUUAAUGUGUUUUUGAACAUGUGUAGAAUUUUUCAUGAAUCACUGUAUUUUUUUUGCAUCUAUUAUUCCAUUCUGAAUUUUAAACUGUUUAUUUGAGAAGUUCAUUGUUUGUUCAUCUCUAAUGAUUUUAUGAAAUGAACAAAUUUCAAUCAAUAUAAAUAGAGCUAAGUUAGUCUCUAUUAUAUAUCGUGUUUUCUUCAAUUACUAUAUUACUAAAUACCCAUAUAUACACUUGAUAGAGCAAAUUGUUUGUUUAUAAUUCUUGAAUCACUAUCUUCAAUACGUUUCUCAUUAUGAACUAUUCUGUAGAGUUUGACAUUAAUAAACUAUGAUUGAUACGGAAUAUUAAUCAAAAGUAAAACAUUUAUAAUUUG